AAAGUUUUACAGAAGCCUGAUAAACGUGAAGUUAGUGAUAAUAUUGAGGCAACUCAAAGGAAAAGUAAAAGGAUCGAUGAUGGUUCAAGAAGCGAAAUAACCUUUAGUGAUGGGUUGACUUGCUUAAGUGAUUUUCCUGUGAUACGAAAUAUUGAAUCCUCUGUUUCCUCAACGGAAGAGACGCGGGACAACUUAACCGCAAUACCAGUCACGGUUGAAACAUCUCCAACACAAGAUGAUGCAUCCGAAUCUUCAAAAUCAUAUCCCAAGAAGUCACUUUUUGUCAAUACAAAAGUUAAUACAAAGAUACCAUCACAAAAUGCAUUCAAUACAGUAUGCGACACAGACUGGAAUAAGUUUAAAGUACCAGAACUAAAAGCAAAAUGUAAAGAACUUGGAUUACACGUUAGCGGUACAAAAAAAGUGCUGAUAGAACGAAUUUUAUCUUACUACCAUGUCGAUCCAAAUCAAACGAAAAAUGUUGAGAAAGUUUUACAGAAGCCUGAUAAACGUGAA